AUGCCUGAAGAUGAAGGCUGCUCGACUACGGUGCACACUUUAACAGUGCAAUCUUCUUCAUCGUCGUCCUCGGGAAACGCAACUUACACUACCGGUAGAAGCCUCGGGUCUACAUUUGUUCCAAGUUAUACAUCCACGUACAGUAGCACAUACUACGAUACCUAUACAUCGAAUACGAGUAGUGUCUAUUCGAGUACAACUACAGAUUCGACAAGUGACUCUGUGACAGGUGUCGGAAUCAGUUUGGACGCCACGACAGUGACGGAGUCUAGUUGGUUCGACACGACGACAUCGUCUUCGACUACUGUGGCUGUCAGUUCGACAUCAACAGAAGAUGUUACGUCUGUUACUUCGUCGUCAACUACAAGUGACCAGACGACAAGUUAUUCGACCGAGGAAGUAACGAGCGAGAAAAGCUCAGUUAAUGUUGUUCCAAAAAUGGUUACGAAGAGGUUUUGA